CCUCUCUUAUCUCUUCUCACACCCCUGCCCUGUCUUAAUUUCCCGUCUCUGUCUAUGAAAGAUUCCUUUCCCUUCUCCUCUCUCGUCUUUGUGGUAGAAGAGGUUUUGAAGUCGCAGCGCUGGCCAACGACUGAAUAAUAGGAUAAAACUCCAGCUUAACACCUUGACAUGCCACUGAGCCCUGUAAAGAAGCUCUGACAAGACACCCACAGAUGCAGUGGCAGUAGAGCUGUACCAACAGGACUAAAAUAAAGGGAAAGGACAGUCAGGCCAUUACUGUGAGUCACUGUUCCCAUCUUGAAGAACUGCAAUGGCUUACUCACAGAUCCGGCUGAAAAUCCUCCCCAGUGUUCGUUGUCUGUUUGAUAAACUGGUGCAGGUAAAAGUAGAGGGACUUGCUCCUUUCAAACCUGUAGAAUUAAGAUCCAAAUUGGUUGAUGACAGAGGAGUGACUUUCAAGGCCUCCGCCCUGUACAAAGCAGAUGAAACCGGCCAGGUGGAUGUUAGCCGCGCGCCUUCUCUGGGAGGAAGUUACACCGGAGUGGAGCCCAUGGGUUUGUUUUGGGCCAUGGCUCCAGACACACUGCACAGUAAGCUCCUGAAGAAGAAUGUGCUCAGCCCGACGCAGGUGGAGAUCGCAGCGGUGAGCGGGGAGACCGGUGAGCUGUUAACCUCUGAAACUAACGAGAGGGGAUUCAUGACAGAGGGGAUGAAGAGAAUACCUGUGAAAGAGGGCAGAAUACGAGGAGUCCUCUUCAUACCACCAGGAGAGGGGCCGUUCCCUGGAAUUGUGGAUUUGUACACUUUAGGUGGAGGUUUGACCGAACCCAGAGCCAGCCUCUUGGCAAGUAAAGGUUUCGUUGUUCUGGCACUGGCCUAUUACGGCUUCCAGGAUUUACCGAAAAACCCUAAAAACCUGGACUUGGAGUACUUUGAGGAGGCUGUAACAUAUCUGAGGAGUCAGCCAGAGGUCAAAGGUCCCGGGGUUGGCAUCAUAUCGAUUUCUCAUAGUGGUGCACUGGCUUUGUCAAUGUCAUCUUUCUUCUCAGGGAUCUCAGCAACUGUCUGUAUUAACAGCUGCAGUGCAAACACUGUGAUCCCUCUCCACUACAAAGACAUUGUAAUUCCUCCGCUCCCCCCUGUCAUGAAGAAUGUUAAAAUUACAGAUUCUGGGCUCGUAGAUAUACGCGAUGCCUUACCAGACCCCACCUUGGAAAAGAACAGGGCAUCUUUGAUUCCAAUUGAACGUGCCACCUGUCAGUUCCUGUUUGCCGUUUCUGAAGACGACCACAACUGGAACAGUGCUUUCUUUGCAGAACAGGCUGCUGCAACGCUGAGAAAUAACGGCAAAGAAUCAUUUCAGGUGGUUACUUAUCCUAAAGCUGGACACUUUUUGGAGGUCCCUCACAUGCCUUAUUGUCCAUCUGGGUUUCAUGCAGCAGUGGGGAGAGCCGUGGUGUUUGGUGGGGAGCCAAAAGCCCACUCUGAGGCUCAGCUGGACCUGUGGGAGAGAGUCCAGGAGUUCUUCAAGAGCCACUUGGACAACAAGAGCACUUGUUAGCAAGCCAUGCUGCAUCAAGUGCAUCAAGCAUCCCAGAAUGGCUGUCCUUAGCUAUGCUUAGCUUUGCCUUGAGUUUCUAAUGAAUGAAUUUGUAAAAGAGGCAUUUAAUGAUUAUGUAUGAGCAUCCCUAUGUUGGAGCUUUUGUGUUUUUGACUUUACUAGACUUGAAACAAACACUUGAAAAUGGGGUGCCAGCUUUUUAUGACUCCAUGCUGGCGUAUUAGCAUAUGCUAAUUACGUCAACGUUUUGCGCAAAUGUCUAAUAGGAUGAAAUGAUGAAUUGUUGACACAUAUGAUAUCAUAAUGUUUUGCAAAAACACUUUCUGGCCAUUAUUCAACCCUGUGCCUCAGCAACAGAAGGGGAGAUUGUGACCAUCUUUCACUUCUGGUCAGAUACUGAGUCGGUGGUGACGCUAAUCUUUGGUUCCCGUCUUGAAACUGGUGAUUGUAUAGAUCCUCUGAGCUUAAAUAUUCCACUAAGACAACCCAAUGAUAAAUCUAAAUGGAUUGCAGCAACCACUGUUUGUAUUAAUUACCGUUUUGCUCUUCCUACAAUGACAUGACAAAAUGUCUGCUUUGAAAACAACCUGUAUGUGAUGGGCCAUGAAUUGUCUCAGAGUGAGUAUCACACUGUGUUUGGAUACCGUCACUAAUCAUCCAGAAUACCUUAACCUCUCUGCCUCAAAUGCAGUAUUAUCAUAAUGAAUUCUUAGUAUUGAUGAUAGAAGAUUAAUCAUUUACUUUGUGACUGGAUAAUAAAACUGGUUUUACAAAAUUAGCGUACAAAUAAUUCCAAUUAAAAACUAAUACAAUGAGGCAUCUAGGUAUGAAAACCUUAAAUUAUGAAACCCUCUCUUACAUCAAUCAGUGUAAUACAAACACAGUUAAGUACAGCAGUGAGAGUCUCCUGGGAUCAACUCAGUGAAUGUGAAUUAUUUGUGCAAAUGAUGGCAUCUAGUGGCAGCUCAGCCUCCCUACGAUCAUCUCUGAUGUUUCCUCUGUAUACUGACAGAUAUGUGUUGUCUCGUUCAGUACAAUGUGAAUCCAAACAGGAGAAGAACGUUCAUGAUGAAAGAUUUUGAAAUAGGCCUAUAUUUUAAAUAUCAGUAAUCCCACUGUUGCGGUUUUAUUCCCAAUGUUGAAGUUAAGAAACGUCUCAUUACUUACCAUGAAGGGAUUUUGUCUGUUUUCAAAGGAUUGUGAAUUUACUUUGAUGACGCAAAGCUCCUCUCUUAGGGAUUUUAUUAACAAAUGUAACCUGCCUCAAAGACCAGAGUGUGAUUGUGAAGUUCGGUAGACAAAAACCCUGACACCUCUGCCUCCACAUCCAUCUUUAAUAAACACAGCCUUUACAGAA